UCAGUAGAUACGGCAAGGCGUGUUCAGACGUGAAAGUGUGCUCGUGACAAUGUCAGCGCCGGCUAAAAAACGCGAAAUCGACGAAAAGUCGAAAGAAAAUGAAGAGGUGAACAGCAGCAAUGACAGCAGUGACGACAAUGAUACGGACAUCAAUGACCUACAGGGCACUCACAUCAUGGUGGACUUUGUGGGACGAAUUCCUGAGGAUCCGGAUUUCAACGGAAUCAAACUGCUCCUCCAACAGCUGUUUCUCAAGGCCAAGGUGGAGACCUCGGAACUCGCUAAUUUCAUUAUCGAACGCAAUUAUGUGGGGUCUGUGGUGAAACAGGACGGGGACGACGAGGAUGAUGAGGAUGAUGAUGAGAAUGAUGUUAAUGAUGUCUUUGGAAUCACGACGGUCAUUAAUAUUUCUCAGGGACAGAACCAAAACUGCAUAAAACAACUUCGAAAAGUUUUGGCUGAUUACUCAAGCGACUACGCCUCGGACGCCACAAACGCCCUGAUAAAAAGCAUACUGGAGAAUGACUCAGCUGCCCUCGGUCUCAUAAUAAACGAGAGAUUCGUCAACAUUCCUGCAAACAUAGCAGUUCCCCUACUCGAGAACUUGUUAGCCGACAUGAAACGAGCUGUGAAUAAGAAAAUGCCCUACGACUUUCAGUACUACGUGUUAAUAUCAAAGCUCUACAAGCCAAAGAAUACACCUGGUAAGAAGAAGAAGAGGGAAGCUGAGGACCUCGAAUUAAUAUGGAGUAAUCCAGAGGAGGCGAUAUUCGCUGAGGAUGCAAUGUGUAGUUUUGAAUUCUCAGUUGAUAAAGACUCUGACACGAGUGCCUGGGCGGAUGAUGAUGAGGAAAUGGUCCCUCACAGGCGAGUGAUGCUCUUUGAAGCCUCCAAAUUGCCCUCAAUGAUUGACAAAAUACUAGACCAAUUGAGUCAGUGAGGAACGAGAGAAAAAUUGAAAAAGAAUCAUUUACUCAAAAAAUAUUUACCGAUACAUUUUUGACGCUGAAAACGAAAUGAAUGCUUAUUUUUCAUUCUUUAGUACAUAUGUAUAAGUAUAUAUAGAUAUUUUUUACGCGGCAUUUGUAAUACUUGUAAGAUUAAAUUUUUGUGAUGCGUAGUGAUAUAAUUGUGAAUGAUAAUCAUGGGGAAACAUUGGGGUAGGGGAGAGGCUGCCUGAUUGGCUUUGCCCGUCGUCUCAUGGUACCCAGAAUAUUCAGCAUCUCGGAUACAGCUGCUGGGGCACUCUCCAUCUCGCGUUUUCUUCGUCUCUCCUCUUCCCGUUGUUUCUGCACGGGUUAUUAAUGGAGUUGAAAUAAACAUUUUUAUGAAUUUACGACGAAAA